UAUAGCAUGAAAGGAGCGAUCGGAAGUCCUCUUACUUUCGCAAGAGCGCAGGCGAACGUAGUUGGAAUAGAGGACGCCAAUGAACUGUCAUCGGCGGAGCUGGUAGAGCAGUUGCGAAAGGUGGAUGCGUAUGAGCUGACGCGCAGUAUCGAACGGUUGAAGCAGUGGGAUAUCCACCCGAUCACCAUGUACCUUCCAGUAGUGGAGCCGCCGGGGGAACCAGAGUCCUUUUUGAUCGAAGAUCCUCGAGCUGCUUGGAGGCGGGGAGCAUAUGCAGCUGUUCCUUGGAUGACGGGAAGCAUUCCGAACGAAGGAUCCAUCAUCACACAGACGAUUUACAAGAAUGAAUCACUAAUUGAAGAUUUCAAUGCAAAGUUUGUCUUUGCGUUACCGUUCAUGCUAGGAACUAGUAUCUCGAAGGAGAAACUCACAGGGCUUAGAAAGCGUUUCCUCAAGAACACUCCUCCCUCGAAGUGGAUUACCAAGGAUAACUACGCUGAGAUCACUAAGCUGUUUUCGGAAGCCUAUUUCCAGUACCCGAUGGUAAAGAACAUCAAGCAGCACCUCGCCAACCGGAAGAAUACUUCGACCAGUGUCUACUCCUUCCAGUUUCGUGGCCGGUACUCUUUCUCCACAUUGUUAACCGGCUCAGAAAAGUCGUACGGUCUUAGUCAAGCCGACGAGAUGAUCUACCUUUUCCGUAUGCAACUGUUGUUCCCCGAGUUUCCACCAGGCUCGCCGGAAGCGGAAAUGGCCCAGCUGUGGGUAAAGUUUAUCGUAGACUUUGCCACGCAAGAAUCGGUCGAUAAGAUCGGAACAUGUUACGGCGAAAAGUGUGACGUGGUGACGUUUGCAAACUCAAACAAUCGAUACUUUCCCGUAAGCAAACAGCUAUUGCCAGGGCUAGACGAAGAGAUGUACCGCUUUUGGAAGAGUUUUUUAUGAGGAAAGAGCAUAGUUAUUGGAGUCACAUAGAGUUCAAGGUUAAAUUCGUGGCUUAAUUCUUCUUCUUCUUCUUUGGCACAACAACCGUGGUCGAUCAAGGCCUGCCUGUACCACUAGUGGGGCUUAGCUUUCAGUGACUUAUUAUUACCAUAGCAGGAUAGUCCUACAUAUGGGGGCAUGGUCCAUUCGGGCCUUGCACCCAUGACGGGCAUAUUGUUAAGUCGUGCGUGUUGAUGUUGACGAGGUCGGAUAAUAAUUUAAUUAAUUUAGAUAAUUCAAAUAUUAACACUAAUUUUCUUAAUUUAUUUUUACAGUAGCGAACAUUACCCGUUACGCACUGCCGCUACUGUUGAGACAACGGUGCUUUUUAAGAUUAAGCCGAUCUCCACACUGAUUAGAUCAAUUAAAGCGUUGUAGGGCUCUGUGGUUGUUAGCCCAACUGUCCACAUAAGGCUCUACUUAUAAAAGUUAAAAGCAAGAUUGAAGGACGUCCUAAGC